AUGAGCUCCUCUAUCCUCGACAACUACUUGUGCAACGACGUACACGCGGAGAUAUACGCAGACAUAGAUCGCUUUAUGGACAUGGGAGGGGAAAAGUGUGACCUGGGCCGGUACUCCGACGGAACCACACUACUCAUGGAGACCAAUGUACACAAGGAUGACAAGCGCGGAUAUCUCGCGAAGUCGGACAAUGAUGAUGAGGAGGUCAUAAUCACAGUCACUGGCGUCCUUAUGGAGACCAACCUUCCGCCGUACAUGGAUAUCGCCAGUCUUUAUCGCACACGUCCCAACAAAAAGGACGUGCCCGUCAACCGCGUGUCUAUUGGCUGGUUCGGCCACGGCAACUUCGAGUCCAACCGACUCGCCUUGGAGCACGUUCGCAACAACUUCCAACGCAAGUUCGCGUCGGUCGUCGAUAACCAGUUCCUCGUCAAGGCGGGCGUCCCGAUGAUCAGCCUAGAGAAUAGGAUUGUAUCGAAAGUUGACGAUGUACCGCUUGAUGUCCUGGACGCCACUCUCAACAAGGCGUAUGAUCCACGUGAUAUCAUCCGCAAGAACCUGCUGGACUCUGGCAAGCACCGGUUCGUUGAUGACAAUACCCUGGCGUUCUACAAGCUUGUCACGAAGGACGGGGACGACAUGCAAACCGAACCAUGCGCUCCCGAGGAAUUCAAGAUUGGCAUGAUCGUAUGCGUGCGGGCGACGCCAACUCUCGUCCCAUCAACUAAGGGAGGACACAAGCUCAUACUCAAACUUCGCUCUCUGCUACUCGUUGACGACAAAAUAUACAAGAAAUUCCUCUUCGCUCAGAGCUUGAACGAUGUUGAGAGCGUGCCCAAGCCCGGAUCUGGAUUGAAGCGGUCUGCUUGCGACAACGAUUGGCUCAACCCGAAACGCCGCGCGAUGGACAUGGGUGACGCUCAGAUCAGAGAGAAACGCCAUAACGGACAGGGAAAGAAGAGAGUAGCGGGCGACGAGAGUCUGGUUGAGAAGAUGCAGGGACUUGAAACAUCAGACACACAGAAGGAAGGACAGGCGUCCUCAUCUUCAUGA